CGCUUGCUUAACGCAGAUGUAAACAUCACGUGGUUUUUGUUGAUAGUUUGCCAGGUAUAUCGACUUGGAAUACUUUCGUUAGGGUCAGAAGGUGCCCGUUGUUUUGUCCGAGCCAUGGUAAAGGUUAUUUAACAGACACCUUACACGGCAGGUCAUGUGAUUGAGGACUGAAUCGAAGUCACAGCAACAUGUCCAGCCUGCAGUCUGGCAGUAGUGAUGACUUUGACACCUGGGAGGUUGUCAGCAGGGUGAGCAGCAAUGAGCGAGAAGAUGACUUUGAUUCUGACAGCGACAUAGAAGUGGUUUCUAUAGAUACAGACCCAGAAUGUGAACUUCCAAAGCCCUCCUCUCCAUCAUUGGCUGCUGGGUCAGUCAAUCCUGUGUUUAUCUUGAGGGUACCAAGUACAGAAGCAGGUGAGCAUCAUCAUAACAACAAAGCCAUAGAUGACCUGACAGGAGAGUCUGACGAGUCAGCUGAUGAUGAAGAGGGCACUAUGAUUGCAAAGAACUUGCACUUUGCAUGUCAUAGACAGGAUGAGGAGACCUCGUCAGUGGGGGAAGAGAAGUCAGACACAACACAGGGGAGCGAUGAGGAAUCAACAACACAGGAGAGUGAGGAGAUAGACACAACACAGGAGAGUGAGGCAACGGACAUUGAGCCAGUGUCCAGUGUUGACCUAAGCAGCAGUAAUGUCUCUGUGACCUCAAUAUUACAAUCCUCUGACACAGACAACACAAGAGACACAUGCACAAGCCCAUCACUGGACGAUGAUGGUUCACACUUACUACACACAGCCAGAAGCAUAAAAGCACCUUCUAGUAUGGAAUCUUUUAGAGAAGAACCCAAAUCAGUUGAUACAACGCUUACAAACGAGGAAAGCUCCUAUAAGACGGAGGAGGAGACCUCCAUUAGGACAGAUGAAGAUAAAUCCUCUAGGACAGAAAGCAUGAUGGCUACAGAACCUUUUCUACCCCUCCCAUCACUCCCACCUCUCCCUGUGGAAUCUGACAUCACUGCUGCAGUAACCGGGGUGGUGGAGUCGAGUAAACCUUCAAGUGAGGCAGAAGAGGAUAAAAAGGAGGGAGAAAGUGUUCCAGACAAUGCGGAGGUAGAAAAAGGGCAUAUUGUGGAGGAUGAUGAUGAAGAGACAUGUGAUGCUGUGUUGGAGGAGGAGGAGGAUUCUGCCGUAGAACCACAGGAAGGAUUUAUCACUGGAUUUAUCACUGAGAUAGUACAGCCUCAAAUUGAAGACUUGGAUCCCAGCUCUUCCUUAAAUGAUGAAGAUAAAGGAGCUGACACCAUUGAUACUGCUGAAAUUUCUGCUGAAACUACAUUAAUCCCAAGAGUCAAAGCAGAAACAACAGGUUCAGAAAUUAUUGUGAAAACUCUAGGCAAUGUCAAAUAUAUCGCACUGGUGAUUGUGAUGGCAGCUCUGUGUGGAUACAUUUAUGGCUCAGGAGCAUUCUGGAAUACUCCAAGUAUUGAAACAGGACUGGCUGAGGCAAACAGGGAGAUAGCUAAUAUUCAGGAGCAGUUACUCGCUCGUGACACAAAGAUCCAAUCUCUGCAACGAAGUGUAGAAUGGAUGACAGAGAAUGCUUCCCAUGAUUUAGAAAAACUCAAGUCAAGUAACACAGAGCUUGUCUUUGACCCAACAUUCACAGAAGGAUAUGAAUAUCGAUACUAUCUUUUCACUUUCGGAAAAUAUGAUGAGAAACAUAAGGAACUUCUCCGAAGAGAUGAAAUGACAAUAGAACAAAUACAACGUUUAAACAGCAUUGAAUGGAUGGACAAAGUGAACCGUCUGGAGCAGGAGAAGGCUGAUCUGAUCCAGCAGAUCGGAAUGAUGAGGUACGGAUCUCCUCCCAGUGUUUCUCAAGUUACCACUGGCAACCAGGUCCCCGACCAGGAAGAUGAAGGAGAACAGGACUUUGAUUGGUUUACACCGGGAGAUCAACACUUAGAGGGUCAAGUUCAUGUAGAGGACAGUCAACAUAAGUCAGAAGGUCAUGGUCAUACAGAAGACAAUCCUGUUGGGUCAGGAAGGACAGAGGAUGCACUUAAACUAGAGGACAAGAUUGUUGCUUUGGAAAGUGAUCUGCUGUUUGAAAAAGCAAGCUCAAAGAAGUGGCAAAGUAUGUACCAACAACAGAAAGAAUCUUCUGACAGAAACAAGUGCUCAGGAAAAGAGAUGCUGAAAGAAUUUAGUCAACUUCUCCAAAAUUUUUCUGUUCCUGAAGACUUUUCAGAGAAUGUUAAAGACAAAUGGGAAGUUGUGAAAAAUCAGACCUUGGAGGGAUGGCAGUUAAUAAUGGACAUCGCAUCUAUGGUAACCAUGGGAACAACACAUCAUGAUGACGUCCCCAAAACAACAGAGCAGGAUGAUGUCCCCAAAACAACAGAGCAGGAUGAUGUCCCCAAAACAACAGAGCAGGAUGACAUACACCAGACAGAGCAGCAAGACAACUCCAACUCCAAACCAGUAAAGAAUGACUGGGGCUUUGACACAGGAUUUGACGAGGAAUAUGUUGAAAGUGAUGAUGAGAACGAUUCCUCAAGUGAGAGAAAUAAGAGAGGGUCCCUACCUAAAUGGAGUGAAACCAUUCAAGAUGUGUACAACAAAACUAAGUCGUCUAUGUCUGAUGUCAGCCAGCAGAUCAAGGACACCUGGGAACAGGUGAAGAAUCUAUCAAAGGACCUUUGGAAGGAACAUGAGCCGUCAGUGACAAAGUUGAAAGAGAAAAUGUCCAAGAAAGUGGAAAAGGUCUCGGAGAAACUGAGUUCAUGGGUUACACGUAGAUGGAACUACAAACGUCAUACUUGGAAGACUCAAGGAAAAAGUAAUGAAGAAAGAUCAUCACAGACUGGAUCCACAAAGAGAAGGAGCUAUACUAAGGAACAGGAGGAAGAGAGGGACAAAUAUUGGACAAGCAAUAAUAAUGAAGAGAAGGAAGAGCAGGAAGAGGAGGAUGAUGAAGGCAAUUGGGACUAUUCAGAGUCGGUGGUGAAGAGGUAUCGUAGACUGUUCUGGAAAUUUAGGACGAAAAUGGACAAAUUAAGUUUAGAGAAAGUUAUGCGGAUGAAUCUUAAUCAUGUAAGAAAAGGUUUUAACAAAAUAGAGAAGUUUGUUAAAAAGAUUGAUGUGCAAGUUUUAAGCCCAUUCAACAGGAAGUGGUUAACAUGUCAGCAGGAGUGGUGGUUAAGUCGCUAUAAUGGUGUGGACAUGGGGUCUGAUUGUAGAGAUGUGCUUCCAUGCUGGCAGGUUAGUCUGGCUACUGGAAGAGACCCUGGCAGUUGUAAAGGUAGUCGUGGUGAUGACCCACAUAUUAGGAAUCGACCACAAAAAGAAGACAGACACAGAAAAGACAGUAACAAUAACAACAGGGGUCAGAAAAGACACGGAGACAAAAUAAGGAAACCAGUCCAUGGAAGUCGACAUCCAACAGGGAAACCGAAUUACCAGCAAGAGAAAAACAGGCGUGGAACUUUUGAGGAAGAGGAGUAUAACGAUACGAAUAGUAAGCCCCAUCCCUCAGACGAAUCCGUCCCUUUUUGUGACCCCACUUCUGGGGAUUGUCCAACCACAGAACCAUCCUGGUACAUUCAACAGCUGAAGCACAGAGAGGAGUUGCGCCUUGUUGGGGAUGAAGCAGAAUCAGACAGUAGUUCUGAUUGGAUGUUCACCAGAGCAGAGGACCGGGACUUCCAACGAACACUGCCCGACGACUGGUACCUCCGAAGGCUUGACAGCAAUGAAAACAGGAAAAACGAAUAUUUAGAGGACGGUGAAGAGUAUUUUGAUUAUGAAUAGGAUGUUGUUUUCUCACUAUUGACAUCUUAUCGAAAGUUAAGAGUCGAUACUGCACUAAUUAAGAUGUGGCUCUAUCUUGCUCCAAUAUUUCUGUUUGUAUUCACCUCCAUUGAAUUUAACUAUUUACAAAGACAUUUUCACCAACAAAUUCUUGUUACAUGGAAAAUGUUCGAUCUUUUGAUGAUGUAGAGCUUCCAGAGAAUCUUGAACGUUUUAUUUUCUCAGAGAAUAUGUGCCAACUCUCACUGAUUUCUCACUUUCAUAUUCUGGGUAGACAUACUGAUGAGUUGUAUGUUAUCAAUGAAGCGUUUAGUUGCAGUGUUUCACACAUUU